CAGGCUGGCGGGGCCCGGGCGCCCCGAGGCCGCGGCUUUCCUCCGCGCUCCGAGCGUUCGCAAGUUGCGAGCGAACUUUGGUGGAGGAAACGCCAAACCCGACUCCUUUCUUCCUCCCGCUCCCCAAAUCCGAGCGCAGCCCGCGGGCGUCAUGCCCGCGCGCCUCCGCAGCCUGGGGUGCGCGUGAAGCCUCGGAACUUUGGCGCCGGCGAGGACUCCAGGACCACUUUUUUUUUUUUUUUUUUUUUUUUUUGCGGGGAGUUGUUCGUUUGCUCCAUCCCGACCCACGCUGGGCGCGGGGACAGACCCCCGGGGAUCGUUGCCAUUCAAGAGGCUGCAGCAGCAGCAGCGGCAAGGCCAGUGAGCGGCUGCCGCAGCACCUUGGUUCCUGAGCCCACCGCCGGCUGAAGGCAUUGCUGCAGGCAGUCCAUGCUCGUAGAGGAAGGGUGCAGAUGGGAUUAACGUCCACAUGGAGAUAUGGAAGAGGACAGGGGAUCGGCACCGUAACCAUGGUCAGCUGGGGUCGCUUCCUCUGCCUGGUUGUGGUCACCAUGGCAACCUUGUCCCUGGCCCGGCCCUCCUUCAAUUUAGUUGACGAUACCACGGUUGAGCCGGAAGAGCCACCAACCAAAUACCAAAUCUCCCAACCAGAAGUUUACGUGGCUGCGCCCCGGGAGUCGCUAGAGUUGCGCUGCCUGUUGCGAGAUGCUGCCAUGAUCAGUUGGACUAAGGAUGGGGUACACUUGGGGCCCAACAAUAGGACAGUGCUUAUUGGGGAGUAUUUGCAGAUAAAAGGCGCCACGCCUAGAGACUCCGGCCUCUAUGCUUGUACUGCUGCUAGGAACGUAGACAGUGAGACUGUCUACUUCAUGGUCAAUGUCACAGAUGCCAUCUCAUCGGGAGAUGACGAGGACGACGCAGAUGGCUCGGAGGAUUUUGUCAGUGAGAACAGUAACAGCAAGAGAGCACCGUACUGGACCAACACAGAAAAGAUGGAAAAACGGCUACAUGCGGUCCCAGCAGCCAACACUGUCAAGUUCCGCUGUCCAGCUGGGGGGAAUCCAACACCAACCAUGAGGUGGCUGAAAAACGGGAAGGAAUUUAAGCAGGAGCAUCGCAUUGGAGGCUAUAAGGUACGAAACCAGCAUUGGAGCCUUAUUAUGGAAAGCGUGGUCCCAUCUGACAAAGGAAAUUACACCUGCGUGGUGGAGAACGAUUACGGGUCCAUCAAUCAUACAUACCACCUCGACGUUGUUGAGCGAUCACCACACCGGCCCAUCCUUCAAGCCGGGCUGCCGGCAAAUGCCUCCACCGUGGUUGGAGGCGAUGUGGAGUUUGUCUGCAAAGUGUACAGCGAUGCCCAGCCCCAUAUCCAGUGGAUCAAACACGUGGAAAAGAAUGGCAGUAAAUACGGGCCCGAUGGGCUGCCCUAUCUCAAGGUUCUGAAGCACUCGGGGAUAAAUAGUUCCAAUGCAGAAGUGCUGGCUCUGUUCAAUGUGACUGAGGCGGAUGCUGGGGAGUAUAUUUGUAAGGUCUCCAAUUAUAUAGGGCAGGCCAACCAGUCUGCCUGGCUCACUGUCCUGCCAAAACAGCAAGCUCCUGUAAGAGAAAAGGAGAUGACACCUUCCCCAGACUACCUGGAAAUAGCCAUUUACUGCAUAGGGGUGUUCUUUAUCGCCUGCAUGGUGGUGACCGUCAUCCUGUGCCGGAUGAGGAACACGACCAAGAAGCCGGACUUCAGCAGCCAGCCGGCUGUGCACAAGCUGACCAAGCGCAUCCCCCUGCGGAGACAGGUUUCUGCUGAGUCCAGCUCCUCCAUGAACUCCAACACCCCGCUGGUGAGGAUUACAACUCGCCUCUCUUCAGCUGCAGACACCCCCAUGCUGGCGGGGGUCUCAGAGUACGAGCUUCCAGAAGAUCCCAAAUGGGAGUUUCCGAGAGAUAAGCUGACGCUGGGCAAACCCCUGGGAGAAGGUUGCUUUGGGCAAGUGGUCAUGGCUGAAGCAGUGGGAAUUGACAAGGAGAAACCCAAGGAAGCAGUCACUGUGGCCGUGAAGAUGUUGAAAGAUGAUGCCACUGAGAAAGACCUUUCUGAUCUGGUGUCCGAGAUGGAGAUGAUGAAGAUGAUUGGGAAACACAAAAAUAUCAUAAAUCUCCUUGGAGCCUGUACUCAGGAUGGGCCGCUCUAUGUCAUCGUCGAAUACGCCUCGAAAGGCAACCUUCGGGAAUACCUCCGCGCCCGGAGGCCACCCGGGAUGGAGUAUUCCUAUGACAUCAGCCGCGUUCCCGAGGAGCAGAUGGCCUUCAAAGACCUGGUGUCAUGCACCUACCAGCUGGCCCGGGGCAUGGAGUACUUGGCUUCCCAGAAAUGCAUUCAUCGAGAUUUAGCUGCCAGAAAUGUUUUGGUAACAGAAAACAACGUGAUGAAAAUAGCUGACUUUGGACUGGCCAGAGAUAUCAACAAUAUAGACUAUUACAAAAAGACCACAAAUGGCCGACUUCCGGUCAAGUGGAUGGCUCCCGAAGCCCUUUUCGACAGAGUGUACACCCAUCAGAGUGAUGUCUGGUCCUUCGGGGUGUUAAUGUGGGAGAUCUUCACGUUAGGGGGCUCGCCCUACCCAGGGAUUCCCGUGGAGGAACUUUUUAAGCUGCUUAAGGAGGGACAUAGGAUGGACAAGCCAGCAAACUGCACCAACGAACUGUAUAUGAUGAUGAGAGAUUGCUGGCAUGCAGUGCCCUCACAGAGACCCACCUUCAAGCAGUUGGUAGAAGACUUGGAUCGAAUUCUCACACUCACAACCAACGAGGAAUACUUGGACCUCAGUCAGCUUCUUGAACAGUAUUCACCUAGUUACCCUGACACAAGGAGUUCUUGCUCUUCGGGAGAUGAUUCUGUUUUCUCUCCGGACCCCAUGCCUUACGAACCCUGCCUUCCUCAGUAUCCACAUAGAAACGGCAGUGUUAAAACAUGAAUGGGCCUGUCCCCCUGUCCCCAAACAGGGUGGCGUCAGGAACUUAGCUGUACUGAGCAGGGGGGGCCUUGCCUCCAGGAGCCUGUUGUCUUGGCUUGUAUAUAUGGAUCAGAGGAGUAAAUAUUUGGAAAAAUGAUCGGCACACGUGUAAAGAAUUUAUCCAGCUGGAGACUUGUAAUCUUCACCAGGAGAACAAGAAAGUUGUGGGGGCAAUGGACUGCCAUCGGCCACCACGUGCUCGUGACCCACUGUGGGUACUGGCUGUGGACCAGCCGGACUUGAGGCAAACACACGUUCUGCCUGCCUUGUGAAUUUUGUAAUAAUUGGAGAAAAUAUAUGUCAGCGCACACUUAUAGAGCACAAUUGCAGUAUAUAGGUGCUGGAUGUAUGUAAAUAUAUUCAAAUUGUGUAUAAAUAUAUAUUAUAUAUUUACAAGGAAUUAUUUUUUGUAUUGAUUUUAAAUGGAUGUCCCAGCGCACCUAGCAAAUUGGUCUCUCUCUCUCUCUUUUUUUAAAAAUAGCUAUUUGCUAAAUGCUGUUUCUUACACAGAAUUUCUUAAUUUUCACCGAGCGGAGGUGGAAAAGUACUUUUGCUUUCAGGGAAAAAUGAUAUGACAUUAAUUUAUUAAUGAAUUGGUAAUAUACAAAACAAUUGUUUAUUUUUUUUUUUCUUUUUCUUGUUUUGGUAAUUUAAGUGGCAUUUCUAUGCAGGCAGCGCACCAGACUAGUUAAUCUCUUGCUCGAACUUAACUAGUUACCAGAUCCUUUGAAAAGAGAAAUAUUUACAAAAUAUGACUAAUCUGGGGAAAGUGAAGUUUUGGUUUAUUUGUAUUUCAACUCUGCUGUCAGAUGAUUGUCCUUUAACCACCUAACUGCCCGUAAAAGGGCCCAUUAAUGAGAAGGUGUGUUGCUUUGGUGCAGCUUGGUCAUUGGGCCCAUAAACCUUUCACUGGGCUUCCCAAGACAAACGGUGCCAGCGUUCUCUUAAAAAGAUGCCUUAAUCCGUUCCUCAAGGGAGGAACUCUCAUCGAGAUGCUAAUAGAAUGUUCUGUCCAGACGCUGGCCUUCUGCCCCCCUCCCUGCCAAGUUGCACAUUGAUCAGAUUAGCCUGUAUUCUCUUUGGCGAAUCUUCAUCACGGCUUCCAGAUUCACUGGCAACAGAGAAGUCUCUUAGAAUCUUCAUGCCCUGUCGGAGAAAAUGGAAACACUGAGUUGUUCUGCUGAUAGUUUGGGGGAUCCUUCCAUCUUUUUAAGGGAUCGCUUCCACCUCCUCUGGCAGGACCUCACUGAAAGAUCCCGCCCGAUGCCAGCGUCGUGUUACUGCCAUGGUGUUCGUUCUGUAUGAACGUGUUGUGUUUUGCUUUCAAAACACCUUCUCACUCUGCUCUGGCUGUGCGACAUGAAUGCGAAUGACACUGAUUUUUAACGUGUUAUGAAAUUGGAGAAAGUAUUUAAUAAAACCUGUUAAUUUUUAUACUGACAAUAAAAAUGUUUCUACAGAUAUUAAUGUUAACAAGACAAAAUAAAUGUCAU